AUGAAGUCUGCAUCCGAACCUACUCGCGAACCCGACUCAGCGAUAGACGAAAAGCUUCAUAUUGAUGGCAGAGAAGUCGCGAUUGAACACACUUCCUCAGAUUUUGAUGCAGAAGUAGCAAGCAAGACGCUAUCACUCCGAGGUUUCUGGUUGAAGGCUGCUUUGACUUUCGUUUCUGGGACUGGUUUUGCACUCUUCGGGUACGAUGAGGGUGUCAUGUCAGCUCUGCUUACAGCUGGGCAGUUCGAGAAAAUGUUCCCAGAGGUCGUUGUAGAUGCGAGUCAUCCUAACCAUGCAACGCUGCAGAGUCUUGUCGCGGCCAUUUAUGAAGUUGGAUGCCUGGUUGGCGCCUUAUCGAAUUUAUGGAUUGGGGAUCGCCUCGGUCGUCGGAAAACUAUUGCUCUGGGAGGGACUAUAAUGAUAAUAGGUGCCAUCUUACAGACCGCUUCAUACAGCUAUGCACAACUUGUUGUUGCUCGUAUUAUCACUGGAUUGGGUAAUGGCUUGAAUACUUCAACGGUACCAACAUACCAAGCGGAGUGCUCUCCAUCAGGACAACGGGGCGGUUUCAUCAUGCUUCAAGGAAGUCUCGUUACUUUCGGUGUUACGAUUUCGUAUUCAAAGUCUAAUUCGUCCGCUCAAUGGCGAGUCCCGAUAUCAAUCCAAAUUGUAUUCGCCCUGAUUAUGGUUGUGUCAAUCGGUUUUCUCCCCGAGUCGCCAAGGUGGUUGAUGAAACACGGGCAUGAGGCAGAAGCCAUGGCCGUUAUAUCAGCGUUCGAAGACAAGCCACCUUCCGAUCCUGGUGUUCAACUCACAUUCCAUGCAAUUCGCGAAGCAGUAGAGAAGGAAGGGCGGGUAACUCCACCUACAAACCACAAAAUCUCGGAGCAUAAGACUGCAAUUGACAAGGGAGGGGAUAAUGUUUCGCUCAAAGAACUUUUCGGCGGAGGUCGAAGUCAAAACGCGCGAAGAGUAGUUUUAGCCUUUACGUCCCAAUGUUUUCAACAAAUUACAGGGAUCAACGUGGUGAUAUUGUACACCAUCUUAUUUCAAAAUUUAGGCCUAUCUGAUGUCGAUUCACGCAUAGUCGCUGCCUCUAUGGGAACCCAAUACUUUUUAUUCUCGUUACUCGCCAUCGCUCUUAUUGAUCGAGUGGGGCGACGACGACUUAUGCUCUUUGGGGCAAGUGGUCUUUGCAUUGUGAUGUUGUUGCUAGGCGUACUGGGAAGUAUAGCUAAUAAGGCAGCAAACACUGCGGGUGUCGUGCUGAUAUUUAUAUACUUGGACAUAUUUUCACUUGGAUGGCUUGGAAUGACUUGGUUGUAUCCUGCAGAAAUCUCUGGCUUGAGAAUAAGAGCACAGUCAACGUCGUUGUCAACUGCAUCGAAUUGGAUAUUCAACUUCGUUGUGGUGAUGGUAACCGGGCCUUCCUUCAACAACAUAAGCUGGAGAACCUACAUAGUGUUCGCUGCGCUCAACGCAUUUAUAGUACCAUGUGUGUACUUCUUCUUUCCCGAGACCUCCGGCCGCUCUCUCGAAGACGUCGACGUUAUAUUUGCUUUAGCUCACAACGAAGGUGUCUCACCUGUCACCGUAUCCUUGCGAAAAGAUGUCCCCCUCGCAGGGACUCCCGAGGCAGACAGGAUAUUGGGCAUCGAACCUAGAACCACUCGGAAUGGAGUCGAAUGA